UCCGCACACCCAGACAAAGUCAGAGCAACAACUAAUCUACAAACAACCUUUUAUGGUCGCAGCUCGCAGUGUUUCGGACCACACAAACCACAUUAAACAAGAGGCGCUGAGAUUUCUUUCAUAUCUUAGAUUUUAAAAUCAAGGCUAAUAUUUUACUUGUGACUGACCUUCCUCAUCAUCAGCAACUCAAAGGUGUAAGGGGAAAUUAUGAAGAAGGAAAAGCAGGUGGGUGAGGAUAAUGAGCCGCCCAGCUAUCGGGAGGCGACUGUAGGCUAUGAGGAGAUGGCGGCCCAGUUUGUAUGGGACGACAAGAACAUCAGGCGGACCUUCAUCAGGAAGGUCUACGCCAUUCUCAUGGUUCAGCUGUUAGUGACAGUGGCAAUUGUUGCUCUCUUCUCAUUUUGUGCACCCGUGAUAUAUUUUAUCCAGACUCAUCCAAGCUUGUACAUGGCAUCUUAUCUAGUUUUCUUUGUCACUUACAUCGCACUGUCCUGCUGUGGAGAGCUGAGGAGGCAGUUUCCUUGGAAUAUCAUUUUGUUAGUUCUCUUUACUUUGAGCAUGGCCUUCAUGAUGGGAUUCAUGUCGAGCUUUUACAAUACCAAAUCAGUGGUGCUGUGUCUGGGAAUCACAGCACUAGUGUGUCUUUCUGUCACCAUCUUCAGCUUCCAGAGCAGGAUUGACGUCACAUCCUGUCAGGGCCUCCUGUUUUCUCUGUGCAUGGUCAUGCUUCUCUGUGCUUUCACCUUCUCCAUUGUCGUCCCUUUUGGAUAUGUUCCCUGGUUACAUGCCAUCUAUGCUUCGCUAGGAGCCAUCGUCUUUACUCUGAGUCCUUUUGACUUCACGUCUCAUAUCUGCCUGAUGGAUCAUCGAGGUCUGGGUCGUGGAAUUCCUGCUCCUGACUAGCCACUGUCCUGUUGAGACUCCGCCCACUGUUGAGACUCCGCCCACUCCUCCUCCCCACCGCCAUCUGCCUGAUGGAUCGUGGAGGUCUCCAUCGUGGAAUAUGCCUACUAUGAACUAUUCAUACACUCUGCCACAUUCAUUGAAUGUAUUUUAACUCUAAAUCUGUCCUUCUGUACACAUUACAUCUAUUGCACCUGUCCAUCCUGGAGAGGGAUCCUCCUCUGUUGCUCUCCUGCAGGUUUCUUCCCUUUUUUUCCCCCUGAAGGGUUAUUUGGGAGUUUUUCCUGAUCCGAUGUGAGGUUUUGGGGCAGGGAUGUCUAUGUGUACAGAUUGUAAAGCACUCCGAGACAAAUUUGUAAUUUGUGAAAUUGGGCUAUACAAAUAAACUGAAUUGAAGCAACAACAGCAGGAGGUAAAGACCCAGAUGGUGUCAAUAAUACAUCCAUCCACUCGAACGGUUGUCGUAAAUCAAAAACACUGUUCACCGCAUCACUGAAACAAGAUUUUUAUUUAAAAAAAGGGAAAACGACAUAUGAAAAUUCAAAGAGAAAACCAAGAAAGAAGGAAAAUCUUAUCUCAAUCAAUAAAAAAAAGACAAGUUACAGAAAAUCUAGCAACUCUGGCACAGGAAGACAAAAAUAGCCAAGUGGCUUUGCAAAAUAACCAAAUAUCAAAACCUAUUUCCUCUUAACAAAACUGUACAAAAUGAGUUCUUGUAUAAAUAAGAAAACUGUUCACAAGCAGGGAGCAAGAUGAGCCCAUCAGAUUUUCAAAACAUCUGGGAUUAAUUUACACAAGUUUUUAAUAUUUUUUAUUAAAAAGUGUCAUCAUAAGACAACUAUUAUGGGGUCUAAUCAUGUAAAAUACAAUGUUAACUGCUCAUUAGUAAACCAGAAAUUAAAUCAUGAAAUUAUGACUGAAAAUCAAACAAAUUAGGGUUACUGCGUAUUUACCAAAUAAAAAUAAAAAGGGGCAUUUAGAAAAUUCUGAAUGGGCAACAUCAAACCGCCUGUUUGGAAAUCCUGUUUUAGCAGCAAACUAUUUUGAAGCUAUGAAAUAAGCCAUCAAAUCUACAUAAAAAUUUACAAAAAGAGCAUUUUCAAAUUGGUGUGGACUAAAAAUAAUAAGUGCAACGAGAUUUUUGUAUUUCUAAAUAUUGUUUGUAGAGCACACCAUUGAUCUCAGUAUUUCUACAGUUUCAGUGAAAUUUAAGGUUUUAUCAUUUCCAUGAUGCUAAUUAUUUUGGAGCGUCAUGACUGUAAUGUUAUCUCUGCUGACAAGUUGGAAAAAAUAAAAAAUAAAAUAAAUAAACACGU